CUGGCGCAGCAUGGCGGAACCGCAGGUGCAGUCGGCGAUGCCGCUCUCCAACGUGCAAAAGCUAAAGCUACAGCUAUUUCACCGCCUGCAGCGCCGCCACCGCGACGCGUGGAAACGUUACUGGGGAUCGUUCCAGCUAUACCUGGCAGCCAAGCUCUCGCUGGAAGAAUUCCACUCGCUGGCCGAGGAGUUAUUGGGGCCUGACAAACACUUGCACAAUAAAUUUGUGGUGGCGCUAUUGAGUACGGCAUACCAGGAAGUAGGCGACGGAGAGCUGCAACGAUAUCCACAGCUACCCUCUGCACCGCAACUGCAAGACCACAGAGUCGAAGGAGGAGGGGCGGCUGAGGUGCAUACGGUAGCCAAUGGAAGCCCCAGCUCGACGAGUAGUAAGGAUCCAUUGCUGCAAAUUAUCAAGGAGGAGGGAGCCAGACACGCGACCACACAGCACUGUUGCACCUGCUGA